GACCCGGGCCGCGCGCGGGUUGCGGGGUGGGGAGGGCAGCCGGGAGGGCAGUGGCCGGGGUGCGGCGUGUGCUCCCGACGUUCGCUCGCGACCCUCGCGCCGCUGCCGCCGGCCUCGCCACGCGCACAGCCAUGGUGGGCCGGCUGAGCUUGCAGGAUGUCCCUGAGCUCGUGGACGCGAAGAAGAAAGGCGACGGCGUCCUGGACAGUCCGGACUCGGGGCUCCCCCCGAGCCCGAGCCCCAGCCACUGGGGGCUCGCGGCCGCUGGGGGCGGCGGGGGGGGCGGCGGGGACCGCGCUCCGCCCCCCGGCGUGCUGGAGCCCGACGCGGCGGCGACCCCUGCGGUCCCGAACACAGCAUCUCUCCCCAACACCCUGGCUGCCAGCUGCUCACCGAGGCUUUGCCCCCUGUCCUUUGGAGAAGGAGUGGAGUUUGACCCCUUACCACCAAAAGAAGUAAGGUACACUUCUUCAGUCAAGUAUGACUCUGAGCGCCACUUCAUCGAUGAUGUGCAGUUGCCCCUGGGCCUGGCAGUGGCCUCCUGCAGCCAGACGGUCAUCUGCAUCCCUAAUUGCACAUGGCGCAACUACAAAGCUGAGGUGCGCUUUGAGCCCCGCCACAAGCCCACACGCUUCCUCAGCACCACUAUCGUCUACCCCAAGUACCCCAAGACCGUCUACACCACCACCCUGGAUUACAACUGCCACAAGAAGCUGAGGAGGUUUCUGUCCAGCGUGGAGCUUGAGGCCACCGAGUUCCUGGGCAGCGACUGCCUCUCGGAUGAAUGCUGACUUGCGAGGGCUGGUUGGGGUGGACCAGCUGUUGGCUUUCUGCCCUGGUUCCCAGACCACCCAUGUAGGCCUUGCACAUCAUUCCAGCCCUAGAGGAGUCUAACGUGGAGAUACCUCUGAGCCCAGUUUGGGGAAAAAGAAAAAAAAAAUCACUGCAUCUUAUAGUUAUUGAGAUACUUGGUUUUGUUUUUAAAUUUUCAAAUUAUCUUCAAAGGGAGUACUUUUCCUGGUUUGCUGCUGCAAAGUUUCCCCAAAGUCUUCGUUUGAUGAGAAAAUAAAAAGAUGACUAGAGCAAAAGGAGAACGGCAAAUGCGAUCAGGGUGCACGUGGUGGAUGAGCUCUCCCUCCACUGGUCAUGUGUGUGAAGAAUGCCUGGAAAAGUCUUUGCUGUGGGAAAAGUGGGCUGUAAGAAAUUUCAGCCACAGAAGUCUUCACUGCUGCAAGGGUAGAGCUAAGUCAGGAAAUUGUAACACCCAUAUGUGUUCAAUCUGUGGAGAAUUGAGUUCCAUUCCAUUUUUAUUUCUACUUCUAUUUGUAUUUCCUGUUAACUAAAACUCUUGGAAUUCUCUAGAUCUUUUUCAUGAUAUCAAAAAACCCCAAACCACAGUCUGAGAUGCCUUUGGGAAAAAAAUAAAGGCUCCUUGUGUUGUUGCCUGCUUCAGCUGGUCAAGAGGACCGAUGGCCCUGUUUGGGAGCAGUGGCUUCCGUCCCACUCCCCAGCAGGUGCGUUCCAGGCACGGGCUUUGGCUCAGCCCUUGCACGCUUGGCAUCUGGUUAACGUCUCUGUAGGCUUGUGUAACUCUUGAUAGGUAUUUUGGGUUUUCAAAAUACUUUCCUAUGUUUUCAUGAGGCAGAAUGUAGCAGAGACGGCAUUUUAAAAGAAUGCCUUGGAAAAAAUACUUUUUGGGACUCUUAUCAGGGAGGUUUCCAUUUUGGACAGCCACACCUAAGACCCCCUGCCCUCAGGAAGAGGUGAAUAGAUGUUUCUGGUGCUCCAGUCAUCGUGAUUAAGUAUCUGGAUGGACUCGGUUUUUUUAGGACUUUCGUGGUGUUAAAAUUGUAGAAGGAUUGUAUCUAAUCCAAAAGUCCAAAAACCAAGGAUUCUAACCACCCCCCCUCAGGCUGAGUUCAGAAUAGGGAAUGGUGGUAUAAUUCAGCCAGCACAACUUGGCCACUACAGCAGCGGUGGACGUUUCCUUUCUACCACUGUAUACGUGGAAGUGAGAAUUGUGGAGCCAGAUGUGAACUGAAGAUGUUCCCGAGGCAAAUGUGUGAGCGCAGCUUAACUAGCGGCGGCAGCAAUAGAGACGCUGCUGCUGAGCAGGUGUGGACCAGGCUGCUCCCUGCUCACGGCCUCCCACCAGCCUCAGCCCCAGCCCUUGCUUCUUAGGCCCUCCUGCCAAUCCCUAUGGUGCCUGGGUAAAGGAAGUGGUAGGUGGACUUUUUUCCAGGUUUGGAAAAAAAGCGUACAUAUUUCCUUUGAAUGCAUCUAAAUGAUGACAAGUGGGUUACAGAGGGUUGUAAGUCCAGCGUCCUGCUUUAUCUCCAGGUUUCUGUGGAUGGCUUCCAUCUUCUCUGAAAUCAGAAUUGAAAGCUGUCUGGGUCCCCUGGAGCCAUAGCAAGGGCUUUUGUUCGGAUGAAAGCAGGUGGGAUCAUAAUGGCUCUCGGAGAGUUCCUGGGGGCCGGGAGAGCCACCUUUGUCUGGGGUGCUCUGGAGACAACAGUGUUGUGUUCCUAAUGGACAGGACACUUCUCUUUGUAUGUAGCUGGGUUUGGCAGGGUGCAUCUCAAUAGGCACCCAGCAAGGGGGUCGCCCUGGGACCCUGUUGUCUCCUGGGUCGUGGACAGAGCGACAAGUGCCUUUGGAAGAGCAGAUCUCACAGGGUCUAUUAGUAAAAGUAGAUUUUUCUAUUUGAUUUCCUAAUGUCAUGAAGUGUUAAGUGUAAUUUUAAAAUCACUUUAGGGGAAUUCCAGAGGCAUUGCUCUGUCCCAGUGGAGAGGAACACUUGGAUGAGCUCGGGACCCCACUCUGGCCAGUGUGGCCGUAGAGAGAAUGUGCUCUCUGAGCACAGCAGCAUUCGAGUUGUCCUUGGGAGUUUGGGGGAUUUUGUUUUGUUUUAUUUUGAAUUUUUGUCUUAGAGGGAUUAUGUUAAAGUUCAGGCAAAUCAUUCUAGGUGUGGAAAAAACCUGAACUCUUACCAGUAAAGUAAGUAGAAGUGGAUGAUGGUGGAUGUGUCACGCAAAUGGAGAAGCAGGUUUUAUUCUGUUAAGUUAUUCACUAGGGAACCCGCUGGAGUUCUUUCUAAUUGUUUCAUUUUCUCCAAACCUGCUUUGCCAAGUUGUGGAAAUGGAAGAUGUGGAGGUGUAAUGGGACACUCUGUGAGGAUGAGAUGUCUUCAGGCGAUAGUGAAUUAUUAGUUUACAGGGUGGAAGUGGUGAAUUUGAAAACUCACUGAUCCAAAAGAAACAUUCCCACUUAUGUGUGAGAGAUACAGUUUAUUUGUUAAUUAAAAAGGUUUUUUUUCUCUUGGUCUCUUAAAUUAUGCCUUUCAUGUAAUAAGGAUAAUUUGUAUUUUCAGAGAAAAACUGUUUCCUUUCAAAUCACAGACUUUUACAAAGACUUUAAUUUGAAUGAAUAUCUUGUCCUUUGACAUUUUUCUUGUUUCCAACCUUAGGAAAUCCAGAAUAGUAUUGGACAAAAGUGUGUUUUAAAUUUAUCUUUGACAUCUGUCCCAUUCCAUUUUGCUUUGUGACUUCUCCAUUUAACAAUAAAUUAUCUAAAA